AUGAGCAACUCCACUUCCUCAAUGUCUCUGGUAUUUUCCAAAUCAAUGGAGGAUGUACAAUCAGACACCACUACAAAAAUAUUGGCCCUAAUCCAACUAUCCUAUGGGAUCCCAUCGUUGGUGUUGAUGAUUGUUUUCCUGGUUUUGCUCACUGUAUCGAAAAAGUACUCCAAUUCUUUUUACAGACUCGUACAGUUUGAUCUACUUGUGAACAUUUUGAUUUACACAAACUCCUGGUUUGCGGUUCGGAUCGACAAGCAUCCUGUGGUGAUUCCAUUUUUGAAAUGGUUAACAGAAGUAUUCCCAUCUUUUUUGACAUGGGUGGUGUACCUGGCAUAUAUGUUCCUGCAUUUGCAGUUUGUUUCUGCAGUUGUGCUGAGUGUGCAUAGAAUCACAUCAGUUUAUUUGCACAUGAACAAUGAUAAGUAUUGGAAUCUCAUUUUCAUAUUCUUCUGCCUUGGAUCCAUCCUGUACAGCUGCAUUUGCAACUCACUGAUUCCUGGUCACAUUGUCGAGGUCUCAAUCUUAAAUGGAACACUAACCAAAACGACAUAUGUUGGUGUAUAUACUGUGGCUGUCAGUGUCACUGCCUAUUUUUCGGCGGCCUAUUUUUUUUUACUCGUCUCGGUUGGAAUUUCCACAUCGUGGAUUGUAACGAGGAAGAUUGAGUCGAUGAGCCUCACAAAUGGUGGAAUCGGGAAAAAAUUAAACAAAAUCGCAGUGACCUACGGUUCAAUCUACACUGGAAUCCUUUUGUGGAGUAUCAUAAGCGCUUUGAACGCGAACUUCAACUUUUUACCGGACUUAAUUGUGAAGUUCAACUCAUAUUCACUGCCGUUCUCCUCGGAUAUGAUGACGCUAGCUCUACCGUACAUUCUAAUGGUAUACGACACAAAUGUGAAGCAGGACGUGUUUCGGAAAAAGUCGGUAUCGGCGAGCAACAGCAGGAUUAUAUCGUCAAGUUUUGUGAUAACUAGACAGUAA